GUGAUGAUACUGGCACAUAUGCAUUCCUGAGCUCCUGAUCGUCACCUAGCCGGCCGUCGUCUCCAAACAUUUUACCAAUCUCUCCCGCCAGGGUGCCGGUCGUCGCCUCCAACUGCGAGUUCAAAACCGCCGCAGAUGCAGAACCCCAACGGCACCAUCCUCCAGCUCUACCACUCCGGCCGUCUCUCUGCCGCCCUCCACGCCUUCCAAUCGCUCCCCUCCUCGCCCGCUCCCGCUCCUCUCUCCGCGGCCACAUACGCCGCCCUCGUCGCCGCAUGCUCCCGCCUCCGCUCCCUCUGCCAGGGCCGCCUCGUCCACCACCACUUGAUUGCAUCCCCUGAUGCCGGACUUGCCCGAAAUACUGUCCUCAACAACCACCUUAUCACCAUGUACGGCCGGUGCGCUGCCCCAGACUCUGCCCGCCUGGUGUUCGACGAAAUGCCUGCCAAGAACCCUGUCUCUUGGGCAUCUGUUAUCGCGGCCCACGUGCAGAACAGACGCUCCACUGAUGCUCUCGUUCUGUUCUCUUUAAUGCUACGGGCGGGGACUGCGCCUGACCAGUUUGCGCUCGGUAGUGCUGUGCGUGCGUGCGCAGAGCUUGGGGACGCUGCUGUGGGAAGGCAGGUGCAUGCACAGGCUAUGAAGUCUGAGACUGGAAAUGACUUGAUCGUGCAGAAUGCUCUUGUCACGAUGUACUCCAAGAGCGGCUUCGUUGGGGAUGGGUACUUGCUCUUCACGAGGAUGAGGGAGAAAGACCUGAUUUCCUGGGGGUCCAUUAUUGCAGGGUUUGCACAGCAAGGGUGCGAAAUGGAGGCGUUGCAGAUUUUCAGGGAGAUGAUUGCUGAGGGGCUGCAUCAUCCUAAUCAGUUCCAUUUGGGAAGCGUGUUUAGGGCUUGUGGGGUUCUGGGUAGUUUGGAGUAUGGGAAGCAGAUUCAUAGCUUGUCUGUGAAGUAUAGGCUGGACUGUAACUCGUAUGCAGGUUGUUCAUUAAGCGACAUGUAUGCCCGGUGCAAGAAAUUGGAGUCUGCAAGGAAAGUGUUUUAUGGGAUUGAUGCUCCAGAUUUGGUUUCUUGGAAUUCAAUAAUCAAUGCUUGCUCUGUUGAGGGUCUCCUUAGUGAGGCUAUGGUACUGUUCUCUGAUAUGAGAGACUCUGGCCUCAGGCCUGAUGGCAUUACCGUUAGGGGCUUGUUAUGUGCGUGUGCGGGCUGUGAUGCUUUACAACAUGGAAGAUUGAUCCACUCUUACUUGGUCAAAAUGGGUUUGGAUGGGGAUGUCUCAGUAUGCAAUUCUUUACUCAGCAUGUAUGCGCGGUGUAUGGAUUUCUCCUCUGCGAUGGAUGUUUUUCAUGAGACAAAAGAUCGUGAUGUUGUCACCUGGAACAGCAUUCUCACUGCAUGUGUACAGCACCAGCAUCUGGAAGUAGUCUUUGAGUUGUUCAACCUUUUGCAGAGGUCGGUGCCGAGUCUGGACGGGAUCAGUUUAAACAAUGUUCUGAGUGCUUCUGCCGAGUUGGGUUACCUUGAAAUGGUGAAACAGGUCCAUGCAUACACCUUCAAAGUAGGUCUGGUGAACGAUACAAUGCUGAGCAAUGGUCUAAUUGAUACCUAUGCUAAAUGUGGAAGUUUAGAUGAUGCCGCAAAGCACUUUGAAAUGAUGGGCACCAACUGUGACGUGUUCUCUUGGAGCAGUUUGAUUGUUGGCUAUGCCCAAUCUGGUUAUGCAAGGAAAGCACUUGAUUUAUUUGCGAGGAUGAGAAACUUGGGAAUCAGGCCAAAUCAUGUAACAUUUGUUGGGGUUCUCACAGCAUGCAGCCGCGUCGGCUUUGUCGAUGAAGGCUGCUAUUACUACAGUAUUAUGGAGCCUGAACAUGGCAUUCUUCCAACAAGAGAGCAUUGUUCAUGUGUCAUUGACUUGCUAUCACGUGCUGGGAGACUAACUGAGGCAGCAAAAUUUGUUGAUCAAAUGCCAUUUGAGCCCGAUAUUGUGAUGUGGAAGACCCUGCUUGCUGCUAGCAAAACACAUAAUGACGUGGAGAUGGGAAAGAGGGCAGCAGAAGGCGUUUUGAAUAUUGAUCCUUCCCAUUCUGCUGCCUAUGUCUUGUUGUGCAACAUAUAUGCUGCUUCUGGUGAUUGGAAUGAGUUUGCAAGAUUGAAGAAGGCAAUGAGAAGCAGUGGUGUUAAGAAAUCACCAGGGAAGAGCUGGGUUAAGUUAAAGGGGGAGCUAAAAGUCUUUAUAGUAGAGGACAGAUCGCAUCCAGAGUCUGAGGAAAUUUACACAAUGCUUGAUAUAGUUGGAAUGGAAAUGAUAAAAGCUGGUUAUGUUCCAAAGCUACCAUGUCAAUAUACUAGUUUUGAUCAUACAAAUAGUGAUUUGUCAGAUGAAGAAAUGGUUAUGGAAUAUGGUUGAGUCAGGUCUUCUUGGGGGUUUGUUAGAAUUGGCCAACCUACCAAAGCUGUAUGACACUUGGUCUUUGUGACCGUGUGCUGUAUUUGAUUAAUUAAUCCGCAGUCCAGCAGGCCAUUGGUUUCUUCCAUAAAUAGAUGGAAAGAAGAGGUAAGUUUGUGACCAGAAGCUGUUGCUUUUCCUUUGGCUUCCAUAUGUGAAGAGAAAUAUGUCUUACCGGGUUGUUUGAACAGUCUACCUAGUAAGCCUGCUGAGGCCUGAAAGAGCUACUAAAGUGAUCUUGUUAUUUGAUAGAUAAAGGGCAAGUUAAAUGUGUUUGAAUGACCACAUAGUCCUACUAAUUAGGAUUUUAGUAGUGGAGCAAGAUACUGGAUUAUGGUCAAGAGUCUGAGCUGUACAGAAUGGUCAAAGACCAGUCUCUUUUAAUCUACCACUGCACUGAGAAGCUUUUCAUUUUUAAGGGUAUCAGCUUGUCAGCACGAGUUCUACCACAAGGAAGUUCAGAGUAACAUAUCUCAUGCAAGCUAGUUCUGCGGAUAUAUGUAUUUGGUGAAGACAACAAUUACAGAAUGAAUUCACAUGGGAGUAACAGAGACACAUGUAGUAGCAACAUGGGGACGGUGGACUGUUCAAAAAUUCAAUAGACUCUCACCUCAUUAUUUUCCUCAGAAGGUUUGAUAGUCACCAGCAGUCUAUCAGAUAUGAUACCAGGUUGGAGGCAAAAUCAAACCUGUGAAACUGGCAGAGCAUCAUUUGUUGACUUCUUCUUGCUCUCCCUGACUGAGAAGAAGGAAUACAAUGCCAUACCAAAUAUGGCGACCAGAAUGCCUAAUAU